UGGAGCAUGCGCUCGCGCUGAUAGUUUCACUUUCUACGACGGGACACUGCAAGCGAUGGCUCCCGUAAAUAAAAUACGGAUAUGCGCCAUACUUUGGCUGUUCUGCGCCGUAAACGCUGAUGUCAGCGAUAACACAACUACAACAAAAACCAUUAGAACCACUAUUUUACCAUCAAGGACCACUCGAACCGAGCUCAAAGUAUCCAGAAGUUUAAACCCACACGAUACACAGACCGUCAACGUAAGAACGAAACAAGGACAUCUUACGCAAUUAAUAGUUAAGAAAAAGGAUGGGAAAUCUUCCACACAAGCCAGCAGCACAACUAUCGCUCCAACAACGCUUCCCAUUAAGACUACAUUGCCAAAUGUCAAGUUCAAUGCAACUGAUGAUACAAAGAACAAAACUGAGGCAAGAGACCAGAGAAAAAUAAAUUUCGGCGCUGUAAGUAGUGAUCUAGCCGGUUUCGACUAUUACAUCAACCGUAAUAAACAUGAGGAACUGAGUGAUAUUAAAGCGGAAUAUGGGAACUGGUCCCCGGUUUCAGUCUACCCAGAGUCACAUAUCCAAGAAAAUGGCGGCAAACCUGAUACAGACCCAGAAACUUCAAGCUAUUAUCCCACAUACGAUAAUCACGAGAAAGUGGAAAAUAAAAAAGUCUAUAUAACAUCAACCAGUUUUAUGGACUACGGUGGACCCAUCAAAAGUUACAGAUUUGACCCACACAAUCCUGUUAUUAAAAACGAUAGGAAUCCAGUGUACAUUGAAGUCGUUAGCACUAAAGUGUCUGACGGUGAAAACAAGUCAUAUAAGGUUCCCGACCCAGUUAUGGUUAGCUCAGAACCUAUGUACAUUAAGAAGGCUAUUGAGAAGUUUAACAAACGUGGAAGGUCAAUACUAACCCUAGGUGAUGAUGGUAUACCGGAAAUACAAGGGGUUAGAAUGCCAGACGAUGAAUCAGAUAAAAAAAUAUGGAGAAAUGCUCGCGUAGUAAAUGGAGAACUUAUUCCUUAUCCUGAAGGUUACACUCCACCCAAGGCUAUCCCGGAGGCUGACGUUUAUCCCGAUUUAGCAGCCGCCGAUCCCGCUCAAAACUUAGGACCGUUUACUAAAGAGGACAACUUUGAACCAAAAGAUGGGCCUUUUACUAAAUUUGACAAUAUCAAAUUUGAUACUGACGAGUUUGUCCCAUCAUUUCCAUACAAAUCAAAGAAAGAAACGCAAUAUAUUAAACCAGGAUAUGGCCCAUUUACGAAAGCAGAUAAUUCUAAAGUUGCCAAUUCAAAAUUAAUUGAAUAUAUUAAGCAAAUUAAUGAACAAGAAUCUAAACGCGACUAUUUCAGCGGACGAAGCUCUAGAGCUCACACCGGAGAUCUAGAUUAUGCUGAAAGCCACAUCCAACGACGUAUGUUACAGCAUCCGGGAGAUUCCAACUUCCCUAAUUCAAUUCUGUACACUCCCAAAAAUGCUAAGCCCAGUUUUGAUGAAAGUGUACGAAACCCAGUUCUUCAGUAUGCCCACCCUGACCUUGGUGUUCAACCGGCAAAGGCCACUCGGGAUAAUAUGGAACAUUACGAAAACAAACGAAAAAUCAACUACUACACUAGUGUAGUGCCAAAGAGCGCUCAUCCGUAUCCAAUGGAACCGAUAAACGGAUACAAUCAGCAGCGCAGUCAAAACGUCCCCUCCGCCAACCGGUACUACGAAGACGAAUAUAAUAAAUUUUCUUACUAUGACCACAGCCCAGCUAAACAACCAUAUGGAUAUGGCUAUGUUAAGCGUAUUCCAGAACCAUCACUAUGGAAAAGAUUCACCGACUCCAUGAAAGACACCAUCAACACUGCAAGUCAAACCGUUCAGCAAUUUACAAAACCUUUGAUAGAUCCCAUCGCCAAAGUGACACAGCCUGUAUUUGAUCCACUAGUGGAAGCCACGCAAAAAAUAUCCCACAACCUAGGAUUAUACCCUAACAAUUCCAUUCAAAGUCAAAGAUAUGCUCAAGAUAAAAUUGGUGUCGCAGCUGCCGCCGGAGCCCCGGGAAUGUUACCAGCUCUCGGUUUAAUGGCGAGUGGCGCUGCAUUAGGGCUUGGAGCGGUCGCCAUGGGAAGACUUCUCGACGUCAACCUUAUGCGCAGCGCCGACAACAGUGCUGAUGAAGUAGAUAAAGAACACAAAAGGUCAUUCGGAGACGCCGUCUAUGACUAUGACAGAAAAAUUAUCAGCAGGCAAAAGUUUUACGACGACAACUACAAGAUGCCGAGUGAAAAUGUAUAUGUCGUUAUGUCUCCUGACGGUACUGAUAGAACAAAACGUAACUCUCUUAGCUUCUACGAACCUUUUGAGGUGGUUAAUAAUGUGAGGCAGAGGCGGAGUGUAAAGAGGGCUUUAGGAGACGACAUGGCCGACGACCUACAACACAUAGAAAUAACGCCUUCACAAUCUUCUCUCACGGCAGCAGCCAUGGAGCUGGUGAAACAGACAGACUGGAGAGAUUCACAGUGCGCUAAAUUCACAUUCUGUAAAGUCCUCACGUCGCAGCCUUCAGACUCCAUGUUCGCUAUGGAAAAGAAAAUGGAGUCACUGUUAAAAAUGAUAUCAAGGGGGAACAGUGCCAGUGCAGCUGCGGUCGCACAUCAGCUUGGAGACGUGAUGGCAGCAAGUAGAGACCACAAUUGCUCAAGGUUCCAGUGCGAGGGCCAGUAGUUGACUAUCAAUUUAAUACCAUAUCUGAUGAUAAUACCAUGUUUGACACGUGGUUAGAAUUGGUCCAUUGGAACCAAAACUCCGUUCUUCGAUAUAAUUGGAUACGACAUCCAAAUUAUGGAUUUAUAUCUAGAUAGUAAUAUAGAAUAUCACGGUGUGAAAUU